AUGGGAGAGAGGAAGUCUCCCGGUAAAUCAUACCCCAUCACCCCCACCCGCGCCUCUCCCUACUCCACCGGUCAUCCCUCCAUCGUCAGGACCCAGUGGGAUUCGGCUCUCGCUCCCAGGAGCGCCCUCCAGGGCCACAGGGGCCACCUGGUAUUCCUGGCAUUCCAGGCAUCCCUGGGAACAACGCCAUGGGCCCCUCAGGACCACCCGGACCUCCAGGCCCUGCUGGACCCCCAGGGCCACAGGGACCCCCUGGUCUUCAAGGACCCUCAGCCUGCUGUGGUACAUCUUCAAGGCCAAGAAACAACAAUACAGGUCAAGGAAGAUCUUUCAGAAGGCGUACUGAGAAACUGGAAAAUGAUAUCCAUGCAUCACAAGGUGUUCAAGAUGCACUCGAGAUCUGGGGAGCUGGAGGUGUUGGUAGAUGGCACCUACUUCAUCUAUAGUCAGGUAGAAGUUUACUACCUCAACUUCACUGACAUUGCUAGCUAUGAGGUGAUGGUGGACAAGACGCCGUUCCUGCGCUGUACGCGGAGCAUUGAGACGGGACAGCGCAAGUUCAACACCUGCUAUACGGCUGGGGUGUGUCUGUUGCGUGCCCGGCAGAAGAUCUCCAUCAAGAUGGUGUACGAGGACACCUCCAUCAGUAUGACCAAUCACACCACCUUCUUGGGGAGCAUCCGCCUCGGGGAUGCCCCCCCGGCCAGCCACUCCUGA